AUGCCACGAGGGUCCGAAUACAGCGACGAAAAGCGCGCCGCCGCGCUAAUCAUGUACCUCAUCCACAAAGCCUCCCACAGCGACGUGGAAGCAAAAACCGGCGUCUCCAAAAGCGCAAUACGCCAACUCUCAUCACGCGCCCACAAAGCCGGUGUGGACAGGACGAGCAUAGAAGAAUUGAUUGUCUUUGCACGCACGAAACCUAGGAAGGGAAGGCCAAGGAGAGAUGCUACGAAAACAGACAAGGCGGCAGAGUCAGAGACGCGGCAGGAAGGAGGAAUGACGAAGGUGCUUGAAUGCGAUACAGCAGCGGCCAACGCGGAACCGCGAGACUCAGCGAUACGUGCGACUGCUGCGCCGGAUCCGAAGAUGGCUGGUGGCGAGGACUUGCUGGAGAUGAUCAAGAGUUGGGAACAACGCAAGGCACAGGCCUUCGAUGCGGCUCAUACGGCAACUGCUAAAGAGCAAGCGUGA